AUGAACACUUACUUCCGGAUAUUUCUCCUCGCCGCUAUCGUCCCAUACCUGGAAUGCCGAUCCAAAUUUCACCAUCGCAGCCAGGGCACCACUGGCGGGAAUGGGGAGCCGAGGAUUGAGCACGACGGCAUGCAUGAAUUGCACUACUUCUACUCUCCGCUCAUGGGACGUGAGCUCAAAUUCGAAGCCGUCGUCUCAUUUGGAAUGGAUGAAGCAGCGCUGAUUACGGCGGAAAAAGCGAUUGUCGCUCAUCUGACUGGCCAUGCCAUGGAAUCCGGAAGAGACACGAACCUUAUUGGUGAUGACCUCGAGGCCAAAUUCGGCGGCUAUUGGACUGUCGGAAUAUUCGAGGACCCCUACGGAAUGGCAUAUACCGUAGCCCGAAGGUCUCCGAUGUACGUAGUAUUCGAAGUGGACGGACAAGCAGGGAUUUUGUGCGCAAGCCAGGGCCCGCCAAGGAAAUCUGAGAACGGCCGCUUGAAGAUCACCAACGACGGGAUGAACUCGCACUUGUUGCAGCGUCCCGGGACCCACAAA